AUGCCAUGCCAUCCAAGCAAACCAGAGCAGAGGAUUGGUUCGUUCCAUCGAGAUGCAGUUCCGGUCCCGGGUCAGAUCUGCCACGUUCAAUCUCGGCCAAUCUUCCCUUUCAGGUUGGUGGUAAGCUUUUCGCCCAGGCCUGUGAAGUCGCGUAGACCGGAUGAACCCGGUCAGCCAUUUCAACCGACAGCCAUUUCAACCGACAGCCACUUCGCUUCGUGCUUAGCUGUGCCGACAACCCUUCUCUUAUCCGGGACGCUUGCUCAAUUACCAAGAAAUCUGUCCUGGCGUAUUACUAGUCUUCCGUACGGCGUCCAAUCCGGUACGUUGCGCUUGCGCCUGUUGUCGCCGCAAGUGUUGGUUGACAACGAUAUUCCAUCGAAUGUUCUCUCGCUUGGCCGGCCAUUACGCAACAAACGCACAACGACUUAG